AUGGAUAAAAAGUGUGAUGGUGGUGAAAUUUUAAAGUGUGAAUCAACUAUGUCAUUUUUGUCAGUGAGUGGUAUAUAUACUAUUAAUUUCACAUCGAACAACAAAAUGACAUGUUGGAAUAUACUCAAAAAUGAUAAUAAUAUGAAACAAUUGUUGUUAUCUAAUCAAUUACUAUUUUAG